AUGAUAGGUGAUCUCGUCCUAUUUGUUUUCGGGACCGGAUUCCUAAUCUUGCUCAACAGGUUCUUAGCUCCAUGGCUUCCAAAGAGGAACCCUAAAGAGAAGUACCUCUCAAAGGCUGAAACUUUGGUUUUCUUCAUCUUCCUUCUCAUCAUCGGUAUAACCAUCGAAUCCUAUGAUGUCAAUUCCUCCGUUUCGGUUUUCGCCAUUGGCAUAAUGUUUCCGCGACAAGGAAAGACUCACAGAACGCUGAUUCAACGGCUUAGUUACCCGAUCCACGAGUUUGUUCUUCCGNGGUUAUUCAUCCCUAUGUUUGAGAUCAAAGAAGAUUACUUUACGCUUUUUUUGGUUCUUCUCAUUUCCGUCUCUAACACGGCAUCUCCUGUUGUAUUCCGUUCAAUAGCCGAUUGGAAACUAAACACAUCUGAGAUCGGACGGCUAACAAUCUCAUGUGCGCUGUUCAUCGAAUUAACAGACGUCGUUCUCUACACUGUAAUCAUUGCGUUCAUCUCUGGAUCUAUGAUAGGUGAUCUCGUCCUAUUUGUUUUCGGGACCGGAUUCCUAAUCUUGCUCAACAGGUUCUUAGCUCCAUGGCUUCCAAAGAGGAACCCUAAAGAGAAGUACCUCUCAAAGGCUGAAACUUUGGUUUUCUUCAUCUUCCUUCUCAUCAUCGGUAUAACCAUCGAAUCCUAUGAUGUCAAUUCCUCCGUUUCGGUUUUCGCCAUUGGCAUAAUGUUUCCGCGACAAGGAAAGACUCACAGAACGCUGAUUCAACGGCUUAGUUACCCGAUCCACGAGUUUGUUCUUCCGGUUUACUUUGGUUACAUCGGCUUCAGAUUCAGCAUCAUCGCGUUAACCACACGCUAUUACAUCGGUCUAGUUAUUAUAGUGAUUGUAACCUUAGCUGGGAAAUUUAUUGGUGUAAUAAGCGCUUGUAUGUACCUCAAGAUCCCCAAGAAACAUUGGCUUUUCUUACCCGCCAUUCUCUCUGUUAAAGGCCAUGUGGGUCUUCUUCUUCUCGACUCUAACUAUAAAGAAAAGAAAUGGUGGACCACAACAAUCCAUGAUAUGAUGGUGGCUGCUUUGGUGAUCACGACGCUAGUAAGCGGUGUUCUGGCGUCUUUCUUGCUUAAAGGAAGAGAGAAAGACUUUGCUUACGAGAAGACUUCGCUUGAAUCUCACGACACCAACGAGGAAUUACGUGUUUUAUCCUGCGUAUACGGAGCCCGUCAAGCUCGCGGUUCGAUCUCUCUUGUCUCGGCCUUGAGCGGUUCUCGCGGAGCCUCGAAGCCGUUCUCGCCUCUGCUUAUGCACCUUGUACCGCUUCCCAAGAAAAGAAAAUCUGAACUGAUGUAUCAUGAGCACGACGAAGAUGGAGCCAAUGCGAAUGGAGAUGACGAAUUCGGGACCAACGAUGGUUUGGAGAUCAACGAUUCGAUUGAUUCGUUUGCUAAAGACAGCAAAAUCAUGAUCCAACAGGUGAAACUCGUGACGCAGAUGCUUAACAUGCACGCAGAGAUCUGUAACGCAACAGAGGAUCUUCGAGUUUCGAUUGUAUUUCUUCCGUUUCAUAAACACCAGAGGAUCGAUGGGAAGACUACAAACGAUGGGGAACUUUUCAGACAGAUGAACCGGAAUGUUCUAAGGCACGCUCCGUGCUCGAUCGGUAUUUUUGUGGACCGAAACAUAACCGGAUUUCAGCAGCCACACGGGUUUGAUUCGGUACAACACGUUGCGGCAUUGUUCUUUGGUGGUCCGGAUGAUCGCGAGGCUCUUGCUCUAUGCAAAUGGCUUUCGAACAACGCCCUAAUUCAUCUCACAGUUAUACAGUUCGUGUCCGAGGAUUCAAAGGCAGAGACUCCGGUUGGAAAUGCGACAACACGAGAUAAUAACGAGGUUUUUUUGGAUGUUAUGGGAAGGGAUGAAACUGAACAAGAAACAGAUCGGAGCUUCUUAGAAGAAUUCUACAACAGAUUUGUAACGACGGGAGAAGUGGGGUUCAUAGAGAAGCGUGUGAGCAAUGGACCGCAUACGCUGACGAUUCUAAGAGAAAUCGGAGAGAUGUAUUCACUCUUUGUGGUCGGAAAGAGCAAAGGAGAUUGUCCUAUGACGGUGAGAAUGAAAGAUUGGGAAGAGUGUCCGGAGCUAGGAACUGUCGGUGAUUUCUUGGCUUCAUCUUUAGAUGUAAAUGCGUCUGUAUUAGUAGUUCAAAGACAAAGAUAUUCACAUGAUAGCUUUUUAGAUGAUUAGCAAACGUUUCUUAGUUAAUGGAGAUUUUAUUUUCAAAACC